AUGGCUCGCCAGGCACGUGGCUCGCCAGGCCGCUUUGAAGCGUCUGUGAUCGAGGAGCGGCGGAAGGGGGCAGAGGACCUGCUCCGCUUCACCGUGCACAUCCCUGCGCUCAGCAACAGCCCCCAGCUCAAGGAGUUCUUCCGGGGCGGGGAGGUGACGUGGCUCUCCGAAGUAUCCAGGGACCAACACAUCCUGCCACCCCCCUUGAUCCCCACACCGCCUCCCGAGGAGGCCAGGCUGCCGCCCCAGGAGUCCGGACUACUCCGGCCGCUCCCUGCAGAGAGGAGGGGCCUCGAGGAGUUAGAGGUGCCAGCGGACCCCCCGCCGUCCAGCCCUGCCCAGGAUGCCCUGGACCUGCUCUUUUCCUGUGGGAGCAUGGAGGAGGCCCCUGGCUCCCCGGGCCGCGGGCCCCUCACCGAGGCUGAGCUGGCCCUCUUCGACCCCUUCUCCAAGGAAGAAGAUGCAGGCCCCAGCCCCACACACGUGAGUGAGCUGGCAGAGAUGGAGGCAGACCUGAACGCCUGGGAGCCAGGAGUGCCCGAGGAGGAAGAGGACGAGGAAGGCGGGCCCACCCCUGCCUAUCUCAGCCAGGCCACCGUGCUCAUCACCCAGGCUCUGCGGAACGAGAAGGCGGGCGCCUACCCUGAGGCGCUGCAGGGCUACCGUGACGGCGUGCACAUCCUGCUGCAGGGGGUCUCAGGUGACCCGUCCCCCGCCCGCCGGGAAGGUGUGAAGAAGAAGGCAGCUGCGUACCUGAAGCGGGCAGAAGAGAUCUUGAGCCAGCACCUGGCCCUCUCCCAACUCCCGCCCUGAGAGGGAGUGGACCUUUCCCAAGACUCUAGCUCCAGCACUGCCAGCCCCACUUCGCCCCUUCUGCCCCGGGGCCAAACCCUGCCCCCUGGUCUUGUAACUCCUGGGGCCAUUUCUCCAGGUAAUGGACCAAGAAUGAGAAAAAGAAUGGACUCUCAGCUCCCUGGCUGUGUCUGCCAUGGAGAAAGCAGGGGUGUGUCCAUCCAUGUGACGCCCCGUCUGACUCCCGUGGGAGAGCUACGUGCUCAUUAAAGUCAGUGUACCCAUCUGGAAGCUGGGUCUGCAAACCACCGCCUGAGGCCAAAUCCGACCAUCGCCUGGGUUUUCUGGUUUGGCCCAUGAGUGAAGAAUGCUUUUCACAUCUGUUAAUGGUUGAGAAAGACAUUUCACGACAGGUGAACAUUAUCCAGGAUUUACGUGUACAACA